AUGGUGUGCAGUGCUGUGCAGUGCCAUGGUGUGCAGUGCUGUGCAGUGCCGUGCUGUGCAGUGCUGUGCAGUGCCAUGGUGUGCAGUGCUGUGCAGUGCCAUGGUGUGCAGUGCUGUGCAGUGCAGUGCUGUGCAGUGCCAUGGUGUGCAGUGCCAUGGUGUGCAGUGCCAUGGUGUGCAGUGCUGUGCAGUGCCAUGGUGUGCAGUGUUGUGCAGUGCCAUGGUGUGCAGUGCUGUGCAGUGCCAUGGUGUGCAGUGCUGUGCAGUGCCAUGGUGUGCAGUGCUGUGCAGUGCCAUGGUGUGCAAUGCAAUGGUGUGCUGUGCAGUGCGAUGGUGUGCAGUGCUGUGAGGUGCUGUGCUGUGCAGUGCUAUGGUGUGCUGUGUUAUGCUGUUAUGUUCUGUGCUAUUCUGUUCAGGAUGGCUGAGAGUUUACCCAAAGGAAAAUUGGGAAAGACCACAGGCAUGGUCCUCAGCAGCAGCCAGAUUUGCAUGACACCAUUGCCUCAUGUGGCAGUGCAGGCCAUUCAGAUCAGCACAGCCCCAGCAUCAGCGUGGUCCUCAGACACUAAUUUGGCCCCGGAUCUUGGGCAUUCAUGUGGCCUUUGA